AGGAGCGUGGAUCCAUGUGUGCCUGUCCUGUGCGAAUGUUCUAGAUGGUUCUUUCUUAUAUAUUUACAUUUCACAAGCAACUCUGAUUUAAUUUUUACUUCCAGGGCGACACUACCUGCGCUUUUACAGACCAUGUCGGUGAUUAGUGAGGGUCGCGUGCGCGGCGUUCUGUUUAAAGAUAUAAACGCAGACGAGGAGGACGCUGAGCCCACUGAGAUCGAGAGUUUGUGUAUGAACUGUUACGAGAAUGGAAAGACGCGUCUUCUCCUCACCAAAAUCCCCUUCUUCAGGGAAAUCAUCAUCAGUUCUUUCACGUGUUCUCACUGCCAUUGGACCAAUACGGAAAUACAAUCUGCAGGCCGGAUCCAGGACCAGGGGGUCUGCUACACACUCCACAUAAAGACUAAAGAGGAUAUGAACCGUGAGGUCGUGAAGACGGACAGUGCCAUUACUAGAAUCCCUGAGUUGGACUUUGAAAUCCCUGCGUUCACACAGAAGGGCUCACUGUCCACCAUUGAGGGACUCCUCGAUAGAGCGGUAGCAGGAUUAGAACAAGAUCAACCAAUACGGCGGGCCACUGAUCCAGAAGUAGCUGAUAAAAUAGACCAAUUUAUUGAGAGGCUGAAAAAGUUGAAAGAUGUUGAAGAAGAAUUCACACUGAUAAUUAAUGAUCCUUCAGGGAACAGUUUUAUUCAGAAUCCAUUUGCACCUCAGAAAGACCAAGCUCUCUCUGUAUCUCAUUACAAAAGGACACCGGAGCAAAAAACAGCUCUUGGAAUACAGGAAAGUGAACCAGAGGAAGAGGAGAAAGCUGGCAAUGAUCUGGAGACAAUGAGGAAUGAAGUCCUGGUGUUCAGCACCAACUGCCCAGAGUGCAACGCUCCUGCCUCAACAAACAUGAAACUUGUCCAAAUUCCACAUUUCAAAGAAGUUAUCAUCAUGGCCACUAACUGUGACAGCUGUGGGCAUCGAACUAAUGAGGUGAAAUCAGGUGGUGCCACAGAGGAGCUGGGAACCAGAAUCACUCUCCACCUCACAGACCCGUCAGACAUGUCGCGAGACCUGCUAAAGUCGGAGACAUGCAGUGUGUUGAUUCCGGAGCUGGAGUUUGAGCUUGGCAUGGCGAUGUUAGGAGGUAAAUUCACCACUCUGGAAGGGCUCCUGAAGGACAUCAAGGACCUGAUCGUCAUGAAAAACCCCUUCGUUUGUGGAGACAGUGGCGACUCUGACACAUCGAAGAAACUGGAGCUGUUUGGGGGAAAGAUCGACAAGAUUAUGGCUGGAGAAAUGGAUGUCCACAUCAUCCUGGAUGAUCCAGCAGGGAACAGUUACCUGCAGAACGUUUACGCUCCAGACCCUGAUCCUGAGAUGAAGAUCGAAAAGUAUGUGCGAACAUUUGAACAGAAUGAAGACCUGGGACUUAAUGACAUGGAAACAGAGGGUUAUAACAAGGCUGAGAAUUGAGACGGAUAUGAACUAGCAGCCAGUCUGGAGUAGUUAAAGCCAAGAGCUUUUUUUUUUUUUUAAAUUCAGCAAAACCUAUCCUAUAAGAGUAAUGUCAAAUGUACCAAAAGGAGGAAUCAUAAGUACUUCCUUGACCUUUGAGUUAAUACAAGAUGCCCUGGCUUCCUUGUGGCAAUUUUUGGUUUGGUAUUUGGCUGAUCUGUCUUGUGAGGCUUAUUCCUUUCAUCACAGCUUAGUGGUUAUAGUUAAAUUACGUGGUUGUGUAGAUUUAAAAUGGCACUUAAUUUUGUUAUUAAAAGUUACAUGCUUUGAUUUUCAUUAAAGUGGGUAAAUGAAUAAAUAAACUAUAUAAUGUA